GGUGGCGUGCAGACGUUCCUGUGAGUAUGAUGCCUUGAAUGCAGCUGUUGAAGCUGAAGGCCUCAAGAACAAAAAUUGCCAAUCAGUUUGCCACGUUGAAUCACGCCAUGCGUUUUUGCGUGCGCAGCAUUUGCGCGUCCCCAGCAUGCAGCUGCAACAUGAGCUGGACUACCUCGUUUGCAUCUCGCCUUUGUUGGCAGCCCUGACGGCGACUGUGUGUGCGCCAAGGCACGAAUAAACCAGCUGUCCUGACACCAAUGAAUGGGAAUGUUGAUGUCGAGUUCGAACGGUGGCGGGCUGGUCGGUAUUCUUGGCAGUUUGUAGAUUGCCAGUACCACAAGUGGUUACUGUAUCCAUGCCAAAGAUGGGCAGUUCCUGAUGGGACUGGCCCAACGUUACAAGGAUCCCGACCAUGGAAGAAGCUGUCUCGGGACAUUUGUUGUGGCCGCGCUUGAUGACAUGCCAGAAACUGCUCAGCAAGUAUCGCCAGCUGGUGCUGACUCAGCCAUCUCUUGAACACGGAGAAUGGUGGCGGUUGAUCACUCACCUGUUUGUACACAGAGAUCCAGACCAUCUCUUCAACAACGUGUGUGGGAUUCUUUGCAGCGGCUUCUCUGUCUUCAAUCAUCUUGGGGGCUUUGCCGUCUAUGCCAUGUUCCUGCUGGGCGGUGUGAGUGCUGGUCUGAAUUCUUGGGGCCGGGCAUUCCAGACCGAGAACCAAUUGCAGGCCUCCAUCCCCUCGGUGCCCUCCGCGGUGCCGGAGUCCGCGCAGCGGAUGUGGAACACCUUCCGUGUGAGCGCUGCAAAGUGGACGGCGCCCAUGGUCAGCUCCAGGGCCGAAGCCUAUGGCUCCUCUGGUGGCGUUUGCGGGCUCAUGGGCCUGAGCUUGGGCCUGUCGCUCCACCGCUUCUACCGGCUGCUCCUUGGCGAGAGCGCGUCGAGCGGAUCGUGGUCCAGGCAGCAUGGGUGGCGCUUGUCCAGACCGUCCCGGCCUUUUGAGCUGUUGGUGACAGUGGUGAACGUCUUCCAGUCCGGACAUUUCCUGAUUCAGGA